CCAAAUCAAAGCUGAAUGAAAAGUCAAGGGAAACUCAGGUUUGAUCAUCCAAAAUUCGUGCUUCAGGGGGAAUUUUGGUGCAGCAAAGGGGGCGCUGAUGCUUCAGUCAUCGUUUGCUUCAGGGAAAAUGGCAAACAUCUUUUCUAACGCUUGGCGAGUGCUCGACUCGGUGGUGAAUCGUCCGAAUGGCACAGCGGAGGAGUCUCUGGCAACAAUUCUACCAAACACGACACAAACGCCAACCCCGACAUCAACGCCAUCGUCUCCCACUACAGCAACACCGUCACCUCCCAUUACACCGUCACCUUCCACUACACCAAAAUGGAGCUAUCCCCAGACAAAAAUUCGUAUACGAGGACCCGCACCCGCACCCGCCUCCUUUAUGUGGACAGCACCUUCCCCUCGAUGCAAUCGUCAUGUGGCAUUCACGCGCAGCACCCUGCAACAUGUGGCCCAUCGUGAGAUUGUGAUCCAUGGCGAGACCUCGGGGUUUCAGAACUUUGUGCGUGAAAUGUACGAAUCCUACUACAAAAUGAAAUUGGAUCAGGAAUGGAGGCAAGGACUGCUGGAGGAUGAGUAUCCCAUACACAAUCGCAGGCUGAGCUUCAACGAUUUGGUUUUGUUGCAACGUGUGGCCCGCGACAUGUGGCAUCACAUGUCAGGGGAGCGGCGCAAGGUGUACAAGGAUCUGGCCAAAGAAGUCAAGCAAAGGCGGAGACUGCGGUUGCCACCGGAUCCGUACAGGACGCCAGUGACAAUGAUGGGAAAGAAAAAGUUGCAUAAAACAAAGUCCAUUUAUCAUUCGUUGGAGGAAUUUGAAUGAAAAUUGGCUGUAAUUAUAUUCC